AUGGCCACCAUUAUUGGACACAUUCACAUCCCUCCCCUUGUCUAUGCUGUCGAAUUUAUCUUGAUAGGCUCUUCGAUAUGCACUUAUAUUCUCGGAUACUUGAGGCUAGACAUUGCCACUUUCCUGGACAGCAAACAAGGCAAAUACCUUCAUUCCAGGUUUGAACGCAUCCACGAGCAGCUACUCAAAGUCGUGUCUGUAUCAGAUCCUACCACCGUCCCUUCGACGCCGUCAGGUAUCUCAACCCGCGGCUAUCUCGAAACACUCCCGGCACGCGUGGGUUCUCGGCCCAGCAUAUCGGGUAUCCCCCGCCCUAAGCAAGCGACGCAAGUGCCCUGUUCCCUCAAGGAAAGUGGCAUGCUAGACCGGCUCCGGGAUAUCGUCACAGCCAUACCUACCAAGUAUCCAGGGACGACCUACUUAGGCAGCUCUACCUUUGAGGCUGGCGGUUCCGUUUCCUUGUUCGCAAGACAACAGGUUUUCAACGAGACUCGGUAUUAUGGCGAGAUUGUCAGUGCCGACUACGCUGGCGGCCUUGUGCAACUGACCUUACAUCCCGAUGAUGUUCGGGCCGUUAUUGAGAAUGGGUGGGGUCAGCGCCACCCUCUGUCAACGAGGUUGGCGUCUUGGUUAGCGAUGGAUGAAGCCCAGACAGGCCACGCGCCUCAGGCCCGAGUGGUUGUUUAUGCGCCAAGGAGUCCGGCUGAACUUAUCGUCAUCGAGCAGAUGAUCCAUGCUGCGGUCUGGUGGGUAGGAGGCACUGAUUGUCGCCAUGAUGAUGAGAAAGCAUGA